UCCGGAAGUGGGCGUUUAUAUAGCAUGUUGGAUGCUAUAACUCGCUUGUUAAAACGGAGUAGGUACGAGUUGCAGCAGAUAACGUUUUGAAGACGGUGCAUUGCAGAGUACUAGGCGGGAUAGGACCGAGGAAGAAAAGGAAAAGGAAACGGUUCCAAUUGGAUCGAAACGAAACCUCGCCUUCAUUUUGAUUCAGGAUGGGGAACAGAGAUGACGAGUAUGAUUACUUGUUCAAAGUGGUGUUGAUAGGAGACUCCGGUGUGGGGAAGAGUAACCUGUUGUCUCGUUUCACCCGGAAUGAGUUUAACCUGGAGAGUAAGAGCACCAUCGGGGUGGAGUUUGCCACCCGCAGUAUCCAGGUGGAUGGGAAGACCGUGAAGGCUCAGAUCUGGGACACAGCUGGCCAGGAGAGAUACCGGGCUAUUACAUCAGCGUAUUACCGUGGUGCCGUGGGUGCUCUUCUGGUCUAUGACAUCGCCAAGCACCUGACCUUUGAAAGCGUGGAGCGUUGGCUGAAGGAGCUGAGAGACCAUGCUGACAGCAACAUCGUUAUUAUGUUGGUUGGCAACAAGAGUGACCUGCGCCACCUCAGGGCUGUUCCCACCGAUGGGGCACGGGCGUUUGCAGAGAAGAAUGGUUUGUCUUUCCUGGAGACCUCAGCCCUGGACUCUACUAACGUGGAGACAUCCUUCCAGACCAUUCUGACUGAAAUCUAUCGCAUUGUGUCUCAGAAACAGAUGUCAGACCGGCAAGACAACAACAUGUCGCCUAGCAACAACGUGGUCAACAUCCAGAUAGUUUUCAGAUACCACCUCCCCCUCUUGAAGCCCAGCUCACCUAUCUCUCGGAGUUGGUGGACAGGACCGGUUCCUACCCUUAAAAAUAAUUCAGAUGGCACCAUUUGUCACGAUUGUCGUUGGGAGAAGGAGAAGAGGACCAAAGAGCGGCGUGGUAUACUGGAACAAAAACAACAGACCGACAAACGAACAGUUCUGCAAGGUGCAACAAAAACACUAAACAGAAAAUUCAAAACAUAGAAUGCCCACCCCAACUCACGUCCUGACCAAACUAAAACGGAGACAUAAAAAAGGAACUAAGGUCAGGGUGUGACACCAUUCAUCCAUAGGGGUUGAAAGUAGUGCACUUUUUUAUUUUUUAUUAGUGCUAGCGUUGGAGCGUGCUAGCGUUGGAGCGUGCUAGCGUUGGAGCAGGCUAGUGUUGGAGCGUGCUAGCGUUGGAGCAGGCUAGCUUUGGAGCAGACUAGCUUUGCUCGGUCUAUGUAGUCCCCUUAACUAUUGCUGUUGUGAGAUUUUAAUUAUGUCAAUGAUCUUUCACUUUAUGCCUCGGCACCACUGUUAUUAUUUUUUCAAUUAUGCUGUGCUGUGAUUUUUGUUGUCGUUGUUGUUAUUUCUUAUUUGUUUUGUUUAUAAUUAAACUCUUCUCUCUGUGUCCACUAAUUACAAUUAAUAAAUAAACUUACCUCGGA